AUGGAUAGUCCUAUGAAUCGUUACGAACAACAGCUGUACAGUGUGUUCAAAACCUUCGACAUAGAUAACGAGGAAGCCUUAAAAAGGUCAGCAGUACUUCAGCUCUGUGACUCUUUACAGCUCGAAGAUCGCGGCGCGGCGCUUGUGGACACCCUCUUUGACCGACAGAGCGACCGUGUCACAUUUUCACAAUUCCGCAACGGGCUGCUCUCCGUCCUAGAUAAAGAUCCCAUACGACGGCAAGAGAGCUGCUCGAGUAAGGAGAGCGUCGUGUCUAAGACCCCGAGCCCCUCGUCACCGGCACAGAGCGACGACGACUCUCCCGGGAGAGAAGCGGCUCCUAAGUUCGCCUUCGGUUCAAAGAGGUACGGGAGACGAUCCCGGCCUCACCGCGUGGCCGCGGAAGAUACGCCGCGUCAUCGGGUGGCGUCGGAGUCUCGUCUGGACAGUGUGCGGGCGAGGCGACGCAUGAGGUGCAAGAGGAGCUCGUCCGCCAUGGAGAGUCGAGAGGAGGACGCGGCAGCUCUGGAGCUGGACCACGAGCAACGCGUCGACCGUGAGCGGGCGCUCGCCCUGUGCCGGGGACUCGACAUGCAUGGAGUCGAUCGGUUUCUGGUCGACCGCGUGUUCGCAGCCUCCGAUGAGAAUGAGGUGACGGUGGGCGAGUUCUUCGACCGACUGAACGCCUCGCUUACGAAUUCCAUUGAAACGUCUCUGGAUGGAGGUGUUGUGGAAGGUGAUUCUAAAUCUGAUUCUGACAUCGUCUCGAGUGAUACGGUCGUGGAGACCUGGAAACGAGCUGGUGUAAGAAAACCGAUGGGGCUGUUAUUGGAACUAGGUUUCGGAGAAGCCGCUUUACGGUUGCAGUCUCUCGAACGCGUUCUCGACGAUGAAUUACGUGCUAACUCCUCGCAAAUGGACUCGCGUUUGCCUCUAGCCGCAUAUUCACUAUCACGUAUACGUCUAGAAUCUGUUGGGAGACUCCUCGACGUCGCUCGUGGUGAACGGGACAAACUCCGCGAAGACCUCGGUGAAGCAAACCGACGUGCCAGGCUGCUGGCACAGGAUGUGGACGAGAAUCACGAUCGCAUCGAAGCCGAGCUCAAGUCCAGGCUGCGUCAAAUGGAGGCCCGACACGCCGAGGCCGUUCGCAUUGCAGCGGCUGAAGCCGGAGUUGAGAGGGAGCGGGCCGCAGCAGCGAGGUCCGCGCUCGAAGAGGAAGCAGCGCGUCGGGCGGAUACCGAGAAUCACCUUCGGAACGAGAUAACUUCACUUCAAGAACGCGUCGAAGAAUAUCAGGAGCGUGCUACGGCUGCAGAGGCUCGGUGCCAACACGCCGAGCGCGAGCAGAGCAGGCUGCAGGAGGAAUUACGGCGGGCCGAGGAGCGCGAUGCGGAGAGGGCGGCGCGGGAGGGAGCGGCCAGGGACGAGCUCGAGGCUCGCCUGAGAGAGGCGAGGGAGGAGCGAGCGCGGCUGAGGGACCGCUGCGACGAGCUCGGCGCGGCGCUCGAGACGGCCGGCGCCACGAGGUCGGCGAGGGAGGGGGCCGCGCGCUCCUGGCGGGACGAGGUGGACGCGCAGGCGCCGGACUCGCUGCCUGAUGUGUGUGACCUCUCGCUGCAAUCUUUUGAUAAGAAAGAUGCCCAGGAAGCAAUAGAGAAGUUGAUGACGUUUCUGACUAAUAUACGAGAAAUAUCAGUUCGAGACGGGAACGGCUGCGCCUCGUGCGAGACUAUCUCGACAACCACUGAGACCUUCCGGGAAGCGUUAAGAAGCUCAAGAUAUGAAGGAGCAGACACGACAGGCCACAACCACGUGACCUCGAGGGACGAGGCAGCGGUCCAGACGGAGCUCGAGGACGAACAGCGGCUGGGGGCUCUGAGGAAGACGCUGGCAGACAUGGAGCACGACCAUCGAGUGGAAAAAGAGAGUCUCACGAACGUCAUAAAGGAACUAGAGACGAGUUUAGAGCUAUUGAAGACAGAAUACGAAAAAUGCGAGGAAUACUGGAGCGACAAGUUGGAGGAGGAACGGGAGGCGUUCGCGGAGGAGCAGCGCGCGGGAGACGACCGGCUGGCAGACCUGGCGGCGCGCAUCGCUGACUACGAGAGACAGUUCGCGCCCGCGACGCUCCCCACCAUCGACGAGAGGGACCAGCUCGAGCUGCAGGUCAACCAGCUGCAGGACGAGUUCGACGAAUACCGCCGGACGCACGACGCCGAGCUGGCCGCUAAGGUGAGCCACGGAGACGACGCCCGGGGGGGGGGGGCGGCCGGCGGGCUCGUACUCAUCACGAGACGAUUGUUCCAGUCGGAGGAGCUGCGCAGGCUGCACCGGCGGCUGGAGGCGGCCGAGGGAGCGUCCUGCGUGUGCGGCGGCGCGGCGGCGGCGCGCUGGCGGGCGGCCGUGUGGAGGGAGGCGGGCGCGCUGCGGGCUCGCGCCGGGCGGGCGGAGCGCGCGGCCCACAGGCUCCACGCGCGCCUCGCGGCCGCCGACCUGCUGGUCAAGGACCUCUACCUCGAGAACUGCCGCCUGGCGCACGGCCCGCGCCUGCCCUGA